AUGGAACGCUACUUUAAGAGAAGGUUCGCAUCAACUACUUCUAGUUUGGAUAAUGUGGGUAGUUCGAGUUCGAGAGAUGUGGGUAUUUCAAGAGAUGUGAAUAGUUCGAAAGAAAGUGAGUUGCAAGAUAUUUUGGCUAAUCUUAUUGCAAACCCUGGACUUCGACCUCAAAUGUUGGAUUAUGAUCCUAAUAUUCGAGAAGAAGUUCGAAAAGCAUAUCUACAAAACGGUCCAUGUCAGUCUAAGGAUCACACAUUUUCACAAACUAAUCUUUCAGGGUAUGAUCGAUGCUUUAAUGUCAAGUGGUUUGAUGAGUUUGACUGGUUGGAGUACAGUAUUAGUAAAGAUACUGCAUUUUGCCUUUAUUGUUAUCUCUUCAAAUCCAAUUUCAAAAUUGGUCAAGGGUGUAGUGAUGCCUUCACAGAGAUGAGUUUUAGGAAUUGGAAGAAGAAAGAUAAAAUUAGGCAACAUGUUGGAGCUAUAUUGGAAGUGUUCAUAAUCAAUCUAGACAAUAUUGUGUGGAUCUUAUGA